UCUGCUGUCUGAUUAACGAAACACGCAAAAAAUUCUACAUUAGGACUGUAACAAAAGCGAUUAACUUUAGCCUAGGUAAUAAAAUAGAUGGUCACCGUGACGUUAUUCGAACGACUGUCAAUGAUAUCGAUCGCUUGAAUCGGCGUGUGUAAAAGUAAUCGACUUCAAAACACAAUAGAUAUGUAUAACUGACGUUUUUUAAAUGAAAGUGUAGUGUAAAAAGAACAUUGCUAACGCUAGAUAGAUCUCGAUUUCUCCCGUGAAGUUUGACCAGGACCGAAACAGCUGUUCUGCUGUUGGAUGGUUAAUUUGACAGGGAAGUCGAAGGAUAAAACGAAUGUUUUAUCUAGAUUUAACCCUUUUAAAUGAUAUCGCGAAUAUUCCGUGGCGAAAAUGAGAAUGUCGCAGUUAAGAGAAAACGGCAAAUCGACACCUUGAAAAUUUUUAACGACAAUGUAGUAGAGUUAAGAGAAGAUGUGGAAUAUCAGGUACAAUUCAAUGCCGGGGAAAGGAGAAUGGCUAUUAUGGUCUCUUUGUCACCGGAGUUUCCGUUGGAAAAACCAGUACUCAGGGUUUCUCCACCCAUAAAACACCCUUGGUGUAACGAACACAACGAAAUCACCAGUGCACCAGGACUACUUAAUUUUACAGUGCACAGUGAUCUUGGUCGUGUUGUUCAAGCUAUCAUUAGAGAAUUUAGUAAAAAUCCUCCACAGUUGUUAGAAGAAAUAUCUCCUGGAUCUGUCAAGUCCCACAGAGAUUCACAAGGAAGAAAUUCUCCGUCUUAUUCCCUGCAACAGUAUCCAGAAAUUACACUGGCAUCAUACAAUUCUUAUUAUAACACUCAAUAUCCGCAGUAUUCAUCUGCCAAUGCAAAUACUUGUAUCUAUAAUUACAAUCAUACAAAUUCGGGUACGGUGUACGUGACGGAGAGCCAUACAAAAUUCGGUUCUUCAUCACAGCAUUCAGCAUAUGUUGCGACUUCGCAAAGCGGUUCGCUUCACAAUACAGAUGCAACUAGGUACAAUUCAAAUCAACAUGGAACAUAUUUGAAUUCGCAUUACGUAAACGCGAAUUACCAUCAGCAAUCGUUGCCGAAUCAAGCGCAAAUUAAGCUGCGGCAGAGCAUAGCGUUUCCAGAAUUGAAUAACUUAAGUAACGAGGAAUUGAGAUGGUUAAGCGAGGAUGAUGAUAGAUUAGAUGAAUUCCUGGAUAAACAUUCCGACUUAAAAGACAUUAACACGGCUAUCGACGAUGCAAUAGAUUGGGUCCAAAAAACUGCCGAGGCUAAUGUAGCCAAAGAACCCGAGCUUAGAGAACUGCAGUCUGAUGUAGCGAAUAAAGUACAGACUGUCACUGCACUAAAGGCUAGAUAUGAUCAGCUUAUACAACGAUACAACAAGUUGUCCGAAGCAUUUACUCCGGAUCACAUAAAAGAGUGUUUAAGGAAAGCUGCAGAUGAGAGUCACGAAGAAAGUGAACGAAUCGCCGAGGACUUCCUUAAUAGGAAAAUUGAUGUCGAACGUUUCCUCAGCACUUAUAUCGAGUGUAGGAAGCUGGGCCAAGCAAGAAGAACUAAAGAGGAAAAAUUAGCACACCAGCUGAACGAAUUGAAACGAGCGGGUUAUUAAAAUUAUGUAUAAUCUUAUCUUUUUCUAUGAAUCGAACAAACUGUACAUAAUGCCUAGUUCAAUUAAAUGAUACUGUGAAUUUGAAUAGUAUUCGUGUUUAUCAAAUAUAUAUGCGGUAAAAAUACUCGCUGGCAGAGAACAUUUUUAUAACGUAUUAAUAGGUUACGUUACAGAGUUAUGUCAUUGCUUGUUAUACGUGGGCUGCGUUGAAAUUAAUUAGAUUAUGUGGUAUUCCGUACGAAAAAUAAUCGAAACUGCAACACACGAGUGAAUUGAAUGAAAUUACUUUCGAAAAGAAAUUAUCGAGUAUAUGUACGAAAACCAAAGGCGUUGGUUUCAACUGAUAAAAGCUAUCAAACACUUCAAUUAAUUUAAAACGUACUUAUUUUUCCAUACAAAAAGUGUCUUAAAUGAAUUUAAUUAUUCUGUUAUUACGCUGUGACAUAUUACAAUUGCAUCAAUACCUCUGAUACCAAAAAAAGGAACUUUCUUUUACUGUGUAAAUAAAUGUGCGGGAAUAUGAUUAAAUCGAUUUUUCAAAGUUUGCUAUUCAGUAAUGUUAAUCUAAUUACUUAUCCUACGAAUGUUCCUAAUAUUGUAAUAUACUGAUAAUUGUAUAGAUACGAAAAGUCUGAAAUGAGAAAAUGCUUUUUUUUUUUAAACAGUGUGGCGUGUGUAACUUUAUUAAAAUAUUCAUGACACUAUUAUCUAGAAACACAGUUUAAGAUAACAAAGAAAAGAAAAGUUUUCGUGUUGAAAUUAAAAUGUAAAGAUAAUUGUGUAGAAAUCGUAAGUUGUAAAUAACUUAAAAAAACGAGUUUUUAAUAAUAACAAUAAAACAAAAGGGAUGUAAAAAAUU